UCUUUUUCCAAUGCCGUGAAGCCUUGGAUAUGCUCACAGUCACAGUCAAGAAAAGCAGCAAUUACCGUACCUUCACUCCAGCCUCCCGCCGGCAGCAACAAGAUCUCUGUCGCUCACCACUGAGCCCAGUAGUCAGCGACGGACCAAGCCCACCCAGGGGCAACCAGCAACAGCCAGCGCGCGCCGCCACCGACACGCACGCAGCCCCCGUCCCCCUCCGCCUCCUCCCGGUUCCCUCGCCGCCGCUGCCGCCGCGUUGGCCGUUGCCUCCUCCGCUCGGCGGCCGCAGGGAUGGACUGCUGCCGGCACGUGAACCCGUUCCGCGCCUGCGCGGGGCUGCGCGGGCUGGGCUACCUCAUGGUGGCGCUCGUCGCCGCCAUCGCCGCCGUAUCCUACUACGCGGUCGUCGUCUACGCCUGGGGGCCCAUGCUCCUCGCCGGGGGCGUCGCCGCUGCGGGAGCUGCCGCCGUGCUCGCCGCCUUCCACGUACUCGGAUCUUGUUUCUUCUGCAGCUUGCAAUGAUUCUGUGGUGCUAUUUGAUGGUUGUUUUCACUGAUCCUGGUGCUGUACCUGAAAACUGGAGACAUGAUGCCGAAUAUAGUGGGGAUCCUGGUUCCUCUUCAGAGGAGCAAGGAAGUGCUCCUAGCUAUUGCUCUCGUUGUCAAAAUGGCAAACCUCCCCGCUGUCAUCAUUGUUCUGUCUGUAACAGAUGUGUGCUUAAAAUGGACCAUCACUGCAUUUGGGUAGUGAACUGUGUUGGAGCAAGGAACUACAAGUAUUUUCUCCUUUUCCUGGUGUAUACAUUUGCUGAGACAGUGCUGGAUACCUUGGUACUACUUCCAAACUUUAUUGAGUUCUUUCAAGAUGAAAGUAGGCGUUCCAGCUCUCCUGGGGAUAUUGCUAUUCUAUUUCUUGCUUUUGUUCUCAAUUUAGCAUUUGUGCUGAGCCUCCUCUGUUUCAUUGGCAUGCACACGUCUCUUGUUACAAGUAAUACGACUUCUAUAGAGGUCUACGAGCGAAAGAAGUCAGUUUCAUGGAAAUAUGACCUAGGAUGGAGAAGAAACUUGGAGCAGGUCUUUGGCACCAAAAAGCUGUUCUGGUUCGUUCCCUUGUACUCUGCAGAGGAUCUGCACAACAUCCCUGCGCUUGGAGGCCUUGAAUUCCCCACUCGUUCCGACGCAAUUGUCUAAUUGCGUCUGAUGUCUAGCAGCAGUGUAUUCUAUGAUGACAUAGGGCCGUCUCACCUGUAGACUAUGGGAUUUCUGUACAGAAAUCUGUUAAUUCUUUUUGUACAGAAACACAGAUGUCGAUUCUUUUGUAUACUAGCUGUAAGAAACAAACAGAGAUUCACAAUCCUGUCAAUUCUUUGUUGAUUUAAACAGUUAGUUUUCCCCCUGUAGCAGUUGAUGGUUAACAGUUCCCUUUCAUUUGA